CGCUGGGCCACCGCCGAGUUUUCCGCCCGGCGGGCUCCUCCUCCGGCCCGGCCCUGACGGUUGCGACGCUCGAGGAGUACCCCGAGUGCCCCGAGAGCCGGAGUGGGACAGAGCUCCAGGCCGACCGAGGCGCCGCGGCCGGGACGCCCGCGGAGACAGCCGCCGCUGCCCGCGGCCCCGUUCGCCUCUCGCGGCCCCCACCCCUGUGGUCAGUGGCCAGUGGCCCGAUUGAACCAUGAGCUACCCAGGUUAUCCCCCGCCCGCAGGCGGCUACCCCCCAGCUGCACCAGGUGGCGGUGCCUGGGGAGGUGCUGGCUACCCCCCGCCCAACAUGCCCCCCAUCGGGCUGGAUAACAUGGCCAACUACGCAGGGCAGUUCAACCAGGACUACCUCUCGGGAAUGGCGUCCAACAUGUCUGGGACAUUCGGAGGAGCCAACGUGCCAAACCUGUACCCUGGGGCCCCCGGGGGUGGUUACCCUCCCAUUCCACCUGGGGGUUUUGGGCAGCCCCCUUCUGCCCAGCAGCCUGUUCCGCCAUAUGGAAUGUAUCCGCCCCCUGGAGGAAACCCGCCCUCCGGGAUGCCUUCAUAUCCGCCCUACCCAGGGGCCCCUGUGCCAGGCCAGCCCAUGCCACCCCCUGGCCAGCAGCCCCCGGGGCCCUAUCCCGGACAGCCGCCAAUGACCUACCCUGGGCAGACGCCCAUGCCACCUCCUGGGCAGCAGCAGCCAGUGCCAAGCUACCCAGGAUACCUGGGGUCUGGGACCGUCACCCCUGCUGUGCCUCCAGCCCAGUUUGGAAACCGAGGCACCAUCACAGAUGCUCCUGGUUUUGACCCCUUGCGAGAUGCCGAGGUCCUGCGGAAAGCUAUGAAAGGCUUUGGGACCGACGAGCAGGCCAUCAUCAACUGCCUGGGGAGUCGCUCCAACAAGCAGCGGCAGCAGAUCCUCCUGUCCUUCAAGACUGCUUAUGGGAAGGAUUUGAUCAAAGAUCUGAAAUCUGAACUGUCAGGAAACUUUGAGAAGACAAUCUUGGCUCUCAUGAAGACCCCGGUCCUCUUCGAUGUUUAUGAAAUAAAGGAAGCCAUCAAGGGAGCUGGCACUGACGAAGCCUGCCUGAUCGAGAUCUUCGCCUCCCGCAGCAACGAGCACAUCCGGGAAUUAAGCAGAGCCUACAAAACAGAAUUCAAAAAGACCCUGGAGGAGGCCAUCCGAAGCGACACGUCGGGGCACUUCCAGCGGCUCCUCAUCUCUCUGUCUCAGGGAAACCGGGAUGAAAGCACCAAUGUGGACAUGACACUGGUCCAGAGAGACGCCCAGGAGCUGUAUGCAGCCGGGGAGAACCGCCUGGGAACAGACGAGUCCAAGUUCAACGCAAUUCUGUGCUCCCGGAGCCGGGCCCACCUGGUGGCAGUUUUCAACGAGUAUCAGCGGAUGACAGGCCGAGACGUCGAGAAGAGCAUCUGCCGGGAGAUGUCCGGGGACCUGGAGCGGGGCAUGCUGGCCGUGGUGAAAUGUCUCAAGAAUACUCCAGCCUUCUUUGCUGAAAGGCUCAACAAGGCCAUGAGGGGAGUGGGAACGAAGGACCGGACUCUGAUUCGCAUCAUGGUGUCUCGCAGUGAGAUCGACCUCCUGGACAUCAGAAUGGAGUAUAAGCGGCUGUACGGCAAGUCGCUGUACCAUGACAUCUCGGGAGACACUUCGGGGGAUUAUCAGAAGAUUCUGCUGAAGAUCUGUGGUGGCAACGACUGAGCUGUGACUGGUGGCUCACACUUCUGUCCACCUGCCAGCAACAGCGAUGCCAGGAAAAGGUCAAAAGAAUGUCCAUCUGUUUCUAACAAAUCCACAGAAGAGCCCCCCAGGUGUCCCAGUGCAGCGCGUCCGUCAGUAGAGCCUUGGCCCAUCCUCCACCUCCGCCCUCCUCUCCUGCUCCGCACAUAGUGCUCGUGCUGUAGGACCUGGGUCCCUCUCUCAGGGUGCCUAGCCCCCCGCCAGCCCUCACGGCCGCUUGCUGCUAAAGUAGAUGUUUUAUUCCUUGACUCAUGCAGUCAGUCCCUUUGGCUUGUGGCUGAGACUCUUGGCUUCCUAUUAGUCAUGUAAUUUUAUAUCUUUAUUUGGAGACACCUUUUUUUGAUAGUCCUUGCCAGACAGAUGCAUACAAGUCUUUGCUGCAUACACAUUUUGGGUGAGAGGUUGGCGGGGGAGCGCCGUGUUCUCAGUAAGGAGUAAAAGGGAAGAUCUUUAACAGUAAUCUUAGCGUCUGGUGAGAAUGUGUCCUCAGCUUUGUUAUUGCCAAACUCACUUCACUCCUUAGAGUUUUCUUAGGAAAGAAAAAAGAAGAAGGAAAAGGCCAGAAAGUCAUCUGUUCCUUCUUCCAUGCAAAAGCAUGAGAACAAAGUCAGCUCCCUGCCAGUGACAGGGUUUCUUGUAAUUUGGAAUGUGCCUUAAACCUGAAUGUCAAUAGCCAAAAACUUUCUAAAUUAAAGUCAGCCAGCUCUGGAA